UUCCUCUGGUGACUCCAGCAGAGUCUCACUGAAGGUCCCCGGGUCCGAGGAGCAGAGACCAGGACAUGGAGCAGUACAUCCUCCUGGGUCGGGUCGGAGAAGGAGCCCAUGGCAUCGUGUUCAAGGCCAAACACGUCGAGACAGGAGAGACGGUGGCUCUGAAGAAAGUGGCUCUGAGGAGGCUGGAGGACGGGAUCCCGAACCAGGCUCUGAGGGAGAUCAAGGCUCUUCAGGAGAUUGAGGACAACCAACAUGUGGUGAAGCUGAAGGACGUCUUCCCUCACGGUACCGGCUUCGUCCUGGUGUUUGACUUCAUGCUCUCUGACCUGUCUGAGGUCAUCAGGAACUCCCUGAGACCUCUGACCCCGGCGCAGGUCAAAGGUUACAUGAUGAUGCUGCUGAAGGGCGUCGUCUUCCUGCAUCACAACAACAUCAUGCACCGGGACCUGAAGCCAGCGAACCUCCUCAUCAGCUCGUCAGGUCACCUGAAGAUCGCAGACUUUGGUCUCGCCCGACUCUUCAGUGAGGAGGCAGAAAGACUGUACAGCCACCAGGUGGCCACCAGGUGGUACAGAGCUCCUGAGCUGCUGUAUGGAGCCAGAAAGUACGACGAGGGAGUCGAUCUUUGGGCGGUCGGGUGUGUUUUCGGGGAGCUGCUGAACUUGUCUCCUCUGUUUCCUGGAGAGAACGACAUCGAACAGCUGUGCUGCGUCCUCAGAGUGCUGGGGACGCCCACGCAGGACAGCUGGCCCGAAAUCGUUGAGUUACCAGAUUAUAAUAAAAUCACCUUCAAGGAGAAUCCAGCGAUCCCAUUGGAGGAGAUUGUCCCUGACACGUCCCCUCAGGCCAUCGACCUGCUCUACAAGUUCCUGGUGUAUCCGUCCAAACAGCGCAUCUCGGCCAGACAGGCUCUCCUCCAUCCAUACUUCUUCUCCUCCCCUCUUCCUGCUCACCACUCAGAGCUGCCCAUCCCUCAGAGGGGGGGCCGACCCCCCCGCCAGCGCCUACAGGCCCCGCCUACCGACUUCUCAGUGGACUUGCCCCUGCAGAACAGCGUGGUAGACCCCGCAUUGCUGCAGGGACAUGCCACCUGCCUCUGAACUAACAAACAUGGUCAGUUGAUCAUAUUUUAUUCGCCUGAUGAUUAUAUUUAUUUGUUGCCAGUUUCACAGGUGUCGUCUUUACUUCUCUCUGUUCUGAUUCACAACUGUAAAUAAAGUUUGCUAACCAA